GGGGUAUGCCCCGCGCGCUCAUCAUAUAAAGCCCGACAUGCUGCUCCUCCGCAGUUACUGCUCCCCCUUUGACUCCUGCUCCUUGUCCUCGACCAUCACCACCGACAAAAGCUUUUCAUCCGAUCCACGGCCACUACACCCCUAUGCUCGCGGUCCAGCCACCCGCAGACGCGCCGUCGCUGCGCACACAGAAAUCACUCAACUUGUCCCUCUCGAAGCUCAAGCUCUUCAACAAGAGCGAAAAGAGCCUGCCCAGGACACCAGGAGGAGCAGAGUCGACCACCACCGCGACCGCAGGCCGGCGAUCGCAUAGGGACAUGACCAUACCACCCGUCCCCUCGCUUCCACCUCCCGCCGCGCCCCUCGUCCGGCGCAUCUCUACCACGCUCCGAUCCGGCUCUAGAACCGAGGCUGAGUCGGAGCCAGAAGACCCACACGCCGUUGCGCGCCGCAAUGCUGCGCUGCGCGAGCGCGGGCUGCUGCCCAAGGAUCUAAGCGCCCGCGAGAAGGAGCUAGAUGUCGUCUCGCCCAUUGUUCCAAGCCCGGAUGCGGACAACAGUGAGGUCUCGCAGGCACGGCUGAUCGAGCUGGCGUGGCGGGCUCGGCAGGCUGAGCAGCACACCUCAUCAUCCGAUAGGCCACCCUCCCCCUCUAGCGAGGGCUCUUGUCUCGACCGGACGACGUCCAACGAAUGGGAGGGCGGAUCCCCAGGGAGCAGCACGGGUCACAGCGACAUGUCGCAUGCGGCCCCGUCACUCACGCAUACGGUCUCUUCAUAUGCGCCAUCGGACACAAUAGAGUCCCCCCUGGACGACGCAUUCCGGACCGUCGCGCACCGCAUACCGGCUGCCAUCAACGAGUACGACGUCCUUGUUCUCGAGGACGGUAUUUCUGGCAAACCGCCCCUGCCACCCCGGAAAACCCGCACAUCCUCGCCCCCUUCCGCUUACGCGCCCCCUUCCUCAUCAUCGCCUCCCGCCCGCUCCUCGCCGCUCUCGUCCGCGAAGGCGCCGCCAUCGUCCUUCGCCCGGCACGCGCCGUCGUCAUCGACACCACCAUCAUCCUUCCCUCGGCAGGCAGGCACUGCGCCCCCUUCAUCUUACAAUGCACCCCCUUCGUCCUUUACCCCCUCGCACCCCACUCGGCAAAAGCUCCUCUCCUCUACCUCGCUAUCAAACCUCCGGCGCUCGGUCGUCGGCUCCCUUUCCCGUGCGCAGCGGGCAGUGCGCGGUGCUCCUAGUGGUGACGAGACCCGCCGGCGCACGGAGUCCCUCGGCUCGCAGGCCGAGUGGGCGAAUGUGAUGGGGGGCGGGUAUGCGUCGCCGAAUGGGAAGGGGUACGCGUCGACAUCGGGCACCGCCUCGCAAUACAACGGCGUACAGUACGAUAGCGGCAGCGCGCCUGUCCGCCGCCCAAGCAAGGCCUCGGUCGCGCCAAGUCGGCGGUCGAACAGGAGUGGGAGCCUGACGACGGAGGCGCCGCGCGUCGCGGUGAACCCGGUCAUGCACUCGCACGCGACGGUUAUGGACAGCGCGGCGGCGAUCGAGGACGAGGAGUCGAGGAAGGUGACGGAGGCGGCGUUCUGCUACUAGAUGUGAAGGCCGGCAAGCCCGCCUAGCGAGCCGUGCAGCUUAGUCAGCACACCGCCACCGCUUUGACCGGCUCAGUUGGUACUCGGUCAACGGCCAUCGCGCUGGCACACUGCGACGCGUACAAGGCCUCUAGCGCCUCGGAAUCUACGCCGCUAGGUCUCUAUAGUAUACAGAUUGCUUAAAUUUAUUUUUUCUGCUGCUUA